UGGACUUCAAAAUGGCGACUGCAACUUCAGAACAUGAAAAAGAAUUGGUGGGGUGGUUUUACCCUACCGAGGAAAUAAAGAAWGUAGCUCAUGUCUCAAGCAUGGAGACUUAUCGUGAUAUGCAUAAGCGUUCACUAGAGGAUCCAGCAGGAUUUUGGGGCGACAUUGCAAAGGACUUUCAUUGGCACGUCCCGCCAAAACCAGAAAGCUUUUUGAGCUACAACUUUGACAUCGAUGAGGGAGUUCGCGUUAAAUGGAUGGAAGGAGCUAAAACUAAUAUCUGUUACAAUGUACUCGAUAGGAAUGUAGAGAAUGGUUURGGAAAUACUGUAGCAUUUUACUGGGAGGGUAAUUUUCCUGAUGACCAGAAAAAGAUUACUUAUUCUGAACUCUUAAGAGAGGUCAAGAAAUUUUCAAAUGUUCUAAAAACAAAAGGUGUUACUAAAGGUGACAGAAUUGCCAUUUAUAUGCCAAUGAUAAUUGAACUUGUUGUAGUUAUGCUAGCAUGUGCCAGGAUUGGUGCUAUACAUUCUAUUGUUUUUGGUGGUUUUUCUGCCCAAUCUCUUGCCGAGAGGAUCCUAGAUUCUGAAUGUAAAGUUUUGAUAACUGCAGAUGGUUCAUACAGAGGACUGAAGCUAAUUAACUUGAAAGAAAUUUCAGAUGAUGCAAAAGCUAUCACACAGUCCAUUCCUGAAACACAAAAUGGAUUAGGCAGUCCUGUUGCYAAGAAACCAUGCAAGCACCUUGAUACAUCAUUGGAUGAUGUAGACAGUUGGUACCAUGAAUUGAUGGCUAAUGCUAGUGAAGAUUGUGAUGCAUUGUGGGUGGAUGCUGAAGAUCCUCUUUUCAUGUUAUACACAAGUGGUUCUACUGGUAAACCCAAGGGAUUGCUCCACACAACGGCAGGAUAUAUGCUUUAUACUGCACUUACGUUUAGGUACAGUUUUGACUAUCAUCCUGGCGAAGUGUAUUGGUGUACAGCUGAUAUAGGUUGGAUAACAGGACACAGUUAUAUCACUUAUGGACCUAUGGCUAAUGGAGCUACUAGUGUUUUGUUUGAAGGAACACCUUUCUAUCCUGAUGCUGGACGUUUCUGGGAUAUUGUUGACAAGUAUAAGGUGCAGAAGUUUUACACAGCUCCAACUGCUAUCAGAGCUCUSAUGAAACAUGGCAAGGAGGUGAAAAAGCGUAGUCUCGACACUCUUAGAGUUCUUGGUACAGUUGGUGAACCUAUCAAUCCUGAAGCAUGGCUAUGGUACUACCAUGCUGUUGGUCAUGGCAGCUGUUCAGUUGUAGAUACAUACUGGCAGACUGAGACGGGUGGACAUGUACUUGCACCUCUGCCAGGGGCCACACCCAUGCGGCCAGGAGCUGCUACUUUUCCAUUCUUUGGUAUUGAUCCAGCCAUUAUGGAUGAAAAUGGMAAAGAACUUGAAGGACCUUGUGAAGGCUUCUUGGUUUUCAAGCGUCCUUGGCCUGGUAUUGCACGUACAAUUUAUGGAGAUCAUAAGAGAUUUGAGAAAGUAUAUUUCAGUAAAUUCAAGGGGUGUUACCUCACUGGUGAUGGGUGUCGUCGUGAUGAGAAUGGGAUGUACUGGGUAACAGGYCGUACAGAUGACUGUAUGAAUGUAUCAGGUCAUUUACUCUCCACUGCACAGGUUGAAAGUGCUCUUGUUGAACACGAUGCAGUCAGCGAGGCAGCUGUGGUGUCGUGUCCACAUAAAGAGAAGGGAGAGGGAAUCUACUGUUUCGUGUCGUUAAUGGAGGAUGUAAAAAUGAGUGAUCAACUGAUWAAAGAACUCAAAGAUAAAGUWCGUCUUAAAAUCGGUCCAUUCGCAACUCCUGAUGUAAUUCAAAGUGCUCCUGUUCUACCCAAGACMAGAUCUGGUAAAAUAAUGAGGCGUAUUUUACGUCAAGUGGCCAAAAAUGAGCACGAGACUGGUGAUUUGUCGACCAUCUACGAUCCCUCUGUUGUUGAUAGUCUGUUUGCUGCCAGACCACAUGUGCCAUUCCUACCGGACUAAAACCACUACACUGGACGAAGAAAGUAGUUUAAACUUGUACUAGUUUACGACAUCAAUCUGAUAAUUUUUAUCCUCGAUAUAAGCACACACGGAAAUAUUGUAAUACUAAAUGUAUUUAGAGAUCACUAAUAUACCUUGCAAUCUACACUUCUCUUCUUUACGGUCAUACACUAUGUGAACAAUUUUACGAAAUCAGUCACUAUGUUCAUAUUCAUAAUAUCAACUUCACUGGGCUGUCCCAUCAACAGCGAGACUAGACUGUAGCGUUUAGUGUCACUUAUAAUCAAUGGUAAUUUUGGAAUGGGAUGGCUAGAAUAGAAUGGCGAGAAUGGUAAAGUAUUGCCGCAUAUUUUACAUCUGAGUUUGGAUUGGAAAAAGGUCCAUCCAUUCUACUCGACUCAUCCCUUUCCAGAGUGUUUACCAUCAAAGCUGACUGGCCGGAUCACUUUUAAUGGACUUUAUUUGGGUCUGGCUAGUAAGUUUGACAAAGGAAAUCACACCUACUCUCCUUCGUGACCUGUUAGCGUCCAGCCUUUCAAUGUUCUCAAAGCACAGGAAUCCUGAAGCAAGAACAGGCGACUCAUUCUAGGCUGGUGACCAAAAGUGCAAUAAGGUCCCCCCAUUACUUGGUAUUCACUUGUUUUUUAUAUUAGUACUGUACUUAUCAAUCAACUGGGCAAAUAAAGAUUAUUAUAUAGAA